AUGGACAUUGGUAUGUGGUACAUUCUAGAUACUGGAACAGCUAUCAUGUGGUUUAUUUCACUGUUCUGGAUGUUAAGAUGGAUAUUUUUUGUACAUUUGGCUCAUCGUACAGAAUGUGGAAGAUUUGUAACUACAGCGUUAAGAAGGGCGUCAUAUUUUCAUAAUGUUGCAGAACAAAAUCAUUUGAUAUUUGCUUUAAAAUCUGAAGAUCUACCUCAAUUAGAUUUGUUCAAUGAUACAUCCAAAGUAGGUGAAAUAAUUUUGGGCUUAGGAAAUAAUCCAAAAGAUGUAACGAUUAUGUUACUAUGUCUUUACGAUUUCAUCGAACAUACAAGUGAUUUAGUUACUCCAACAGAAUACACAUGGUUAUGGAUAAGAUGGACCGGAACACAAAUAGAAUUUGGUACAGGGAAAACUCCUGGUGUAGAUUUGGUACAUUAUAGUCUCUACUCUCAGGAUAUCAAGUAUAUUGGUUUUGUAAAAUAUGAAGGACACGUGGAAUCUCAUUGGAUAGUUGGUCAAACCGAUGAACUUGCCAAUGAAUCUGUCUUUAAGAAAAGAAAGAAUAGACGAAUUUCUGAUAUAGCAAGUGUACAUCAAGAAAAUAGUAAAAGAAUAUCGCGUCAGAUUUUUCAACAGCAAGUGAAUGGGACAUCUAUUUGUGAACUGAUCAGUAAAGAUUUACCAACUACAGAUUGUCCUCAUCCGCCUAUAUUAGAUUGGGAGGGCAAAGUUCAGCCAGGGUGGACAAAUUAUUAUCUUUAA